AACCAACAAAAUCUUGCCAUGUCCGACAAGAACUGUUUCACUGUUUCCGAGAAAACUCCGUUUGAGGCCUCCACGGCUAUAAACGAUGCAUCAUCGGAUGCAAAUCACCAAUCUCCCCUUGAAAAACGAUUCAACGUGUGGAGCACGUCAGCUCUCCAGUUCUCACUCAUCUGCUCAGCUCUUGCAAUCGGCACCUUUCUCAGCACAGUUGUUGGGGUUGGAGGCCUGCCAGGACUUAUCUAUGGGUAUAUUCUUGCGGUUACCUUCGACUUGUUUAUUUGCUACAGUCUCGCAGAAAUCGCUAGUGCGUACCCGCACCUGCUGGCGCAAAUCCACUGGACCUACGUGCUCGCCCCGCGCGGCACCAAACGCGGCAUGAGCUUCGCGGUGGGAAUUCUCAGCUGCGCCGGAUGGAUCUUCGCGUGCUUUAGUUCUACCUACGUCGCAACCGGCUUCUUCUACGCCCUAGUCGCCGUGUACAACCCUGAUUUUGCCCCCACUAAUUGGCAGAUGUACUUGACGUAUGCUGCAAUAGUGGUGGUGGGCUCCUGUAUCAACGCAGUGGCGGUGGCAGCUCUCCCGUUCAUCACACAUAUGUUGGUGGGCAUUAUCAAUUCUACCACCGUCUUUAUUCUUGUGGCACUUUUAGUAAAAUCUUCUCCCAAACAGCUGGCUCUGUUUGUUUUCAGCACCUUCAUCAACGAAACCGGCUGGUCGUCCGAUGGACUAGUGUUUUUUCUCGGGCUUCUCCCGUCAAUUGCGUCGGUCACUUUGUACGACGGGGCCUGUCAUAUGACAGAUGAGAUAGAUAAACCAGAAGUCCAUAUCCCGUGGGUCAUGGUGCUUUCCAACACUUCGCUGGCGAUUCUUGGACUUGUUGCUGCCAUCAUUUAUAUGUUUUGUACGAAGAAUGUUGAUACCCUCAGUCUGCCCAUUGGAGGGCAACCGAUUGUGCAACUCAUGAUGGAUGCGUUUGAGUCCAACGCGUUGACUACGGUGGGGGUGGUGGCGCUUAUCAUGUCCUUUGUGGGGCUGUCGUUCACGUACUACACCACAACCCUGCGGUUGUUCUGGUCGUUUGCCCGUUCAAAUGGUCUCCCAUUUGGUGAUAUUUUUGCAGCCGUUAAUUCCACUCUCAAAGUGCCUGUAAAUGCCGUGGGGUUGGUCACAGCAUUGUGUCUUAUUCUCGGGUUGAUCAUUCUUGGCCUGUCACUGGCGUUGACGGCGGUGCUUGGAUCAUCGAUGGUGUGUAUCAACUUGUCGUACAUUUUUCCUAUUGGUGCGUUGCUUUGGCGGUCUGGGUUUUCGAGAAAUAUCAGAACCAGAUAUGCUGAUGGUCCUGAUGUGUUGAGUAUGAUGGUGGUGGACCCGAAGACGGCGUUGCCAUACUUCCACUUGGGUAAAUUUGGGGUUGUGUUGAACGUAGCGUCAGUGGUCUGGGUGUGUUUUAUCAUGGUUUGGUUGAACUUUCCUACGGUUCAUCCAGUUCAGUCUGGUACUAUGAACUAUGCCUGCGUGGUGUUGGGGUCCACGGCAGUGGUGGGGGUAAUUUUCUGGUUUGCUGCUCGGAAGAAGUACGACCAUGAUGUGAAUGGGAAGCAUGUUAUUUGAUUUAUGCGUAUUAUGUAUCUACAAUCCUAAAGGUUUGUUCAAUG